GUGUGCUGUACGUACGAACAGGACAAACUGCCAGGUUUGUGUGGGACUACAUCGUUGAUAACAAGAACGCAGAUUUUGGUAUAUAUUCACCAACAUGGGAAUUUUACGAUACUCAGAACAAAAGUUCACUGAUUAGUUUCGAACAUAAGUUUGGGGAUGGCGAUGGACAGUCAGUGCCAAGUGUCCUGCCAGGUUACGAAGGCGAGUCAGUAAGGAGUCCGGAUCCACUGCUACUCUGGUCAUCUAUAAUGUCACCACUGCCGAUAAUGGUGUAUAUGUAUGUACUUUGGUGUUGUCAAUAGGAAUACCUAUAGUUAGUAAAGUACAACUUAUUGUCACAGUUCUUCCUCAAUUCAAUAUACAACCACCAUUAACGAAAAACAUAGGAGAAGGACAAGAAUUGAGUGUGCCUUGUACUGCUAUUGGUCCACCAACACCCAACAUCACUUGGGUACAGAUAGAAGGUCACGUGGUCAUGAGUACAGGAACAGGAAAUGCUACACUGAGGAUACCAAACAUUAGAAGAGAUCAGAAUGGGACGUAUGAGUGUCAGGCCAGGAACAACCCUAAUGAGAGACCGGUCACUUUACAGACUAUGGUAGCAGUGUGCUAUCCUCCUCACAUCACUGUUACUCCACYAAAUAUCACAGUUGUAAAAGGUGAUGAGAUCGUACUCAGCUGUACAGCAGAUGGUUAUCCACCAYCAUCCAUAUCAUGGACAAAGGCUGAUGGUGUCAUCAAAGCUGGUCACACRGUAGCUGGGGGAACACUUAGAAUACCUGAUGCUAUCAAAACAGACGCUGCCAAGUACAUAUGUACAGCAAAGAACACCUAUGACAGCAGGGAACACACUGAUAYUGCAACUGCCACUGUGAUAGUAAAAUGUAACGCUAAAUCCAAGUAUGAGGUAACAAGCGUAAGACACUUAAAAUGUAAGCACGACAAUUUUGAAGAAUUACAUAAACUUGAUAUAAUUUAUUUAAGGUAUCUGCGUACCCCAAAAUUGCUAUGA